UUAUUGGGCUUCCAAUAUCGGCCUAAGUAGACACGUGGAUCUGAUUCUCUCCGUCUUCUUCCGCCAGGCUCUACGGUGACACAGCCAAAGAAACUACGCAUCACCGUAACUACAGAGGGAAAUGGCGUUAAGGCAGAAGUUAGGAUGGUCAGAGGGAGAUUUGAUGAGAUCUGAUGCCAAGCCAUGUUCUAGGCUAAUGAGACAAACAGCUGCCAUUUUCACUGUUGGUGGAGCUCUUGGUUUCUGGGUUCUUUGCAGACUUCACUAUGGUCCAAGGAUCACAGUGCCAAGGAGUCUACGGUGGGCUGGGUGCGGUGCUGUAUCCGUAAGCACAUCAACUGCAAUGCUUGUCCGUCUCUUCAGCCCUGAAUGUGAACCACAAAACAUUGCUGCGUAUGAUCACAUCAAAACCCAUCAAGCUUCACUCCCUUAAAACCAUCAGUUUCUGGCUUUAUCUAUUAUGUGUAUCGACCUCAUAUUUUGUACAAUCCGUUGCAAUACAUUCAUUCAGGUAACUAUUAAUAAUACUACCAAAUUCUGUCAUUUUUUGUUUCCAUUAGAAAUUAAUAGUGUGUUGUUUUUCAUAUUGCCUUUAGGUUGAUAGUGUUAAGAGUAUCCAAUGUUCCUCUGUCAUUUUCGUGUGUGUUCGAUGAUGACUGUAACAGAAUUGGUUGCAAUUCCAAUUGUUUUUUUUCCGUAA